CGAUGUUUCGUCGCGCACGUCACUAAACGAUUAUAAAACACCAAAAUAAAACAGUUUACGCCUGAAAUAAUACCCAUUCAUCCGUGUGUAAUCAAUCUACUAUGCACUCCUCUAUUUGUAGCAGUAUUGUCCCUGAAAAAAUAUAUCUGGCCUGAUUUCUUAACUCACCCAGUUAAAUCUUGUUCCGAGCCGAUUGUGUGAUUGUGUCCCGUCGGGUUUGCCUCAUCCCGAAUCCAACCGGCAAUGCGCGAGUGUUAUGAGUGCAAGUGAACUGUUUGGACGCGCGGCGCGUGCCGACGGGUUUCGUUCUUUUUAUAUUAUCUGAAAUGCUCCGAAUUAAUAGCAAUUAUGCAGUGAGUCUCUAGGAAUUAUUUCGCAAUCGCGAGGAGUAUGACGCGAUCCUGGAACGAGGAGUGAAUUUCCAGAGAGACGAAAAAAAGGAAUUCUCAGGGCGGGACUCGUUCACACCCGACCCGGCUGUCAGGACGCCAUGUUUCCGAAUCAAAAACCGAUGGCGAGUUUUAUCAAGCUGGCAUUUUGCUGCCUCGUCUUCAUCGUCACGGAUUUGACCCAAGUUGAUUCGGUAGCAUCGGAGAAAUCGGUAUCACAAAACGAGUCUUCGCUUAGCAUAGAAAUAUCUCAAGAUGCGGAAGGAAUAGAAGCUGGAAGCACUCCUUCAUUAAUAUGUCGUCUCAGCGAGUCUGGUAAAGUUUUGUGGCUUUCGCCACGAAGAAAUUUGACCACUGUAAAAGAGUCAAAGAAAGUUGGAAGAUUAGAUUUAAAACACGCCCGCAGACAAGACACAGGAAAUUACACUUGCAAAGCAACUACUGACACAGGAAAGUCCCUGGAUAAAACGGUUCAUAUUCGUGUCAUUGAACCGGGUAAAAUAGAACCUGGAGAAAAGACGAGGACGAAAGUUUCGGAGCCAGCAACACUGAUGUGUCACAUUUACGGUGAUCCUCUCCAAAAUUUCAGUUGGACGAAAGGCAAUAAUUCAGAGAAUGAAGGUUUUUUAAAAGAGCAUACGACCGUUACAAAAGUGAACGAGACUUACGUCCAACUGCAAUUAAAUUUUAAAAGAGUCGCUAGGAAAGACAAUGGCACUUACACAUGCUUGGCUCGAGAUUACAGCACAAGUUUAUCCGCACAAGUUCAUCUUUUUGUGGUAGAAGUCCCCCAAGUCAAUAUAGACUUUAUGAAAGCUGUUGGGGCCGGUAGUAUAUUUUUGAACUGGACUGUGAACGAUGGCAAUGAGCCGAUUGAACGAUAUUUUAUUCAGAAUUUAAAAAAGGAAACAGAUCAGUGGCAAUAUAAUAUGGAAAAAAUUGGAGGCGGAAUUACGAGUUAUGUUUUAACUGGAUUGGAAAAAGAAACACCUUAUAAAAUAAAAAUUAUGGCCAAAAAUGCGGUGGGCGAUUCUCAUAUUCAAACUGCUCAAGAAUGGAUUACUACUUUAAAAGAAGAUCCGAUUUUUGUACCCAACGUUCAGGCGAAUGGCGCGACUGAAAAUUCAAUUACAAUAAUGUGGUCCCUGCCCGAGACUGAGGAACUAAAAGAACAUGUUCAUUUUUAUAAUUUAAAGGCUACUACUCAUAAGGGUGAAAAUUUGGAGACGACACAAGCUGCGAAUGCAGAAAACUACUAUGCGUUUAUGAAUCUAGAACCAGCGACUACUUACAAAUUUAAAGCUCAAGCUUGCAGCGAAUACACGAAGAAGUGUGGCAAUUGGAGUGCAGAAAUUAAUGGCACGACUUACGAUGGCGUUGCCAGCCCUCCUCGAAAUCUUUCCGUCACGUGUCGUUACGACAACAUAAGUAGCACCAGUUUUAUUUCUGUAACUUGGGAACCACCAGAAAAGCCAAACGGAGUCAUCAAGCAAUACGGAGUCAAUUUAACUGGCACCAGUUUUUAUCGAAAUGACUUGGGACAUCUCGUAAUCGAUCACUGGGGACCAAGCGAUAAAAAUGUGCUUGGCACUGCUCGCUCUUAUCAUUUUCACCAGAUACCGCCUAAUACGAAUUACACCGUAACACUUCGAGGAAUAACGAGACAUCGAAGCUUAGGAAAAGAAGCGGUCACGAAUUGUACAAUGCCAGCAACAACGCCAGACCGAGACAAUUUGAAUCUCAGAUCCUGGAGGAAAAUCGAAAACGAAGGUCGCCAGCUUUUCAAACUCUACCUCCCGAGAAUUUCCGAAAGAAACGGACCCAUCUGCUGCUACCGAGUUUUUCUCGUGAAAUUGGAUCCUCAGAAGACACUAGGAGAUUUGCCACCGCCCGAGGAAAUUCACGUUUAUUCGUAUCACUACAUUCACUCAUCGAAUUCCAACGGCGCCUAUCUUGCCGAAAGGUUCGACAGUGAUCGUUUAAUGCCGGAGAUUUUUCUUGGAGACGGUGAAUCGUUUAAUGGGAGCACUGCCUGCGAAAAAUGUAUAGGACUGAGGCCCAAGCCGAUUCCGCCAGUGUUGCGUUUUAUUCCUGAAACAUCAACUCUAGUUAAUUCUACAAAUUCAAAAACUCCGGCUUCGUUGGGAACUUCGAGCAUUUCUCCAAGAUUCACAAUUCCUGGGGAUGUCACCACUAGUGUUCCGGUUGGAUUCACGGGAACUCUGCUGAGAAAAAGGAGGGAGGAUGUUAAUGGAAGUGGAAAUGGAGAAAUGGAAUUACAGCCUUUUCCGCCGCAGGAUGGAUAUCUGGAUGAAAAGGCGAAUUAUACGGGAUUUAUUGAAGUUAUUGUUUAUGGAAAUAAAGAGAAUCAGCUGCUGGCGGCUUAUAGUGGUUACUUUAAUCCUCUCUAUGGAGGAAUGGAUUUGAUGACAACUGCGGAAGAAGAAGGGACUACAAUCGGAAUAAUUUUCCAAAUUACAAUUUUUCUGAUUUUGCUCAUCAUCGCCCUGCUAUUGACGCUCUGUAUUUUGCUCAGAUAUUCGAAAAGGACACAAGAAGGAGGCGAAGAAAUUAUUACAUUGAGGAACAGUUUUAGACAUCUUUGCAGAAGCCUAAGAGGUCGUCAUCAGCUUGUCGCAGCCAGUCCACCAGACAUGCCACCAAUCCCAAAAACAGACCUCUUCCAAUCGUACGUCGACCGUCACCGGAACUCCGAUUACGGAUUCCAACACGAAUUUGAACUCCUCCCUGACAAAUUCACCGACCGAACAACCCGAGCCUCCGAACUUCGCGAAAACCUCUACAAAAAUCGUUACCCCGACAUCAAAUGCUACGACCAAACCCGAGUUCGUCUCACCCAAAUCGACGGAAUUCUCGGCUCCGACUACAUCAAUGCAAACUUCGUCCUCGGUUACAAAGAGCGCAAGAAAUUUAUUUGCGCCCAAGGCCCCAUGGAGAAUACAGUUUGCGAUUACUGGCGCAUGAUCUGGGAACAGCAUCUCGAAUUGGUUCUGAUGCUGACGAAUUUGGAGGAAUAUUCAAAAACAAAGUGUGCCAAAUAUUGGCCGGAUAAAGGUGAAACAAAAAACUUUGGCGACAUUACAGUCGAGCAUGUGAGGGAGAGACCGUUUUCAGAUUACGUUGUCAGGGAAUUGAAGAUGUCGAGAACUGGGGAGAGAGAAUCAAGGACGAUUGUUCAGUAUCAUUUCCUCGUUUGGAAGGACUUUAUGGCCCCAGAGCAUCCGCACGCAAUUCUAAAAUUUGUCAAGAGGGUGAACGAGGCCUAUUCGCUGGAAAAGGGACCGAUUUUGGUCCACUGCAGUGCCGGAGUUGGGAGAACGGGGACUCUGGUCGCUUUGGAUUCUCUUCUGCAGCAGCUUGCUGAGGAGGGACAAGUCUCUAUUUUCAAUACUGUUUGCGAUUUGAGGCAUCAGAGGAACUUCCUCGUGCAGUCGCUCAAGCAGUAUAUAUUUAUCUAUAGAGCCCUGAUGGAAAUGGGCCAAUUUGGAGACACGGAGAUCCAGGCGUCAAUGAUGAAAGCGGCGAUUGAGAGACUCCGGCAGAGAGAAAAUGGGAAGGAGAAGUGUCGAAUGGAGGAGGAUUAUGAUAAAAUCCUUGCGGUCUUGGAAGACAGAAAGUCUUUCUCGGUUGGUGGAGCCGAGGAGAAUAAGAGUAAAAAUAGGGAUGAGUCCGUGAUACCUUAUGAUAGAAAUCGGGUCAUUUUGACGCCUGUACCUGGGAGAGAACACUCUACGUAUAUCAAUGCAUCGUUUGUUGAAAGUUAUGAUAAUUCUGAAUCUUUUAUUAUUACGCAAGAUCCUACGGAGUUGACAAUCGCAGAUUUUUGGAGAAUGAUUUCGGAACAUUGUAUCUCUACAAUCGUCAUGCUUUCGGAUUUGAACGAGGGAUCGAGAAAAUGUCCUCGAUACUGGCCAGAUGACGAGACGAUGUACGAUCACAUAAGGGUGCGAUAUAUUCAAAGCGAGAGCUGUCCCUAUUACACAAGGCGAGAGUUCUGCGUUUCGAAUACAAAAGUCGACGAGAAUAUCGUCGUGACACAGUAUCAGUAUCACGGAUGGCCUACAGUCGAAGGCGAAGUUCCUGAAGUGACUCGAGGCGUCAUUGAGCUCGUCGAUCAGACCUUUUUGAAUGGCGCUGAAAAUACUGGGCCACUGGUCGUGCAUUGCAGUUGUGGCUCAGAUAGGAGUUCCAUGUUUGUAGCCCUUAGCAUAUUAGUUCAACAACUCAGAACAGAAAAGCGAAUAGACAUAUUUACCACGGUAAAAAAACUCCGGUCGCAGAGGCAUGGAAUGAUCGGGUCUUUUGCACAGUACGAAUUCCUGCACCGGGCGAUCGUGAAUUACUCGGACCUACACAAUCUUGCCGACGACGAACCAGCCUCUUAAUGAAGGGAGGUGAAAGGUUAGGCCCGAAGGACUCUGCAAUUAUUUUUGCUCGCGCUUUAAAUCACGUCACCCCUUGAUUGGCGCCAAAAAGAGGCGCGUUUAUCGCGUAUUCGAUAUGCAAGGAACUCCUCGAUAUUUAUAAAAAUAAGGAUUAAGGAACGUACCUUAUCUACCCUUAAGACACGAACGAACGACCGUGAUCCACGAAAAAAAAAGCCAGUGCACGAACUCCUUAAAUCGAGAUGGAGCAAUUGUUGUUAUUAAGCUUCUUGUAUUAUAAAAGUAACUCUUUUUUAGUUCGAUAUUUGUCUCUACGAAUGUGCGCGUAUUUUCGAAAAUUCCUUCACGACUCUCGCUACUUUCCAUAUCCAAUUUCCAAUCGUUGUAAAGUUAGAAAAGAAAAGGAGAGUGAGGAAUUUUUCUGAGAUUAGCUUGUUCUCGGAUUCGAUAAUGGAAUUUUCAAAAUUAAGAUCAAUUAGAAUUUAAAAAGAAGCACUUUCGAUUCUGAAGAAUCCAAAGUUUUCAGUAAUAGAUCAAGGGAAAAGAAGUUCAAUAUUUAAGUUUGAAUUUUGACAUUCAAUUUAAAGUGUUUAAUAAUUGAAGCAUCACGUUUUAAAAUUGGACAAUUUUCCAUUUCGAAUCCUUGUUUUUGUUGUGAGCAACGCGAAUUUUGUACGUGGAAACCGAAGACUUUAACGAAGUCCUUGGAAUUAGGAGAACCCCCGGAUCGAAUCUCGCCCCCCCCCCCAAGUUACCCAAGUCUCGAGUGAGCCUAUCGAUAAUAUCGAUUAUUCAAUUUUUCCUCGAGGCUACCGUUUUUACAGUAACUAAGAAGGAAGCCCAAGAAGUCAGAAAUCAUCGAUCAUCAAUCACCUAAGAAGAAAAGAAGAAACUGAUCAGUUGAUAAUUAUUUUUCGAGCUAUCUACCGUCAGAUAUUGUAAUUUGUAAUUUCGUAAUUUGUAAUCAGUGGUUUUUUUACCGAGUGGAGAAAGAGAACUUUAAUCAGUGACUAGAUGCAAAUGUUGAUAACUACCUUAUAGUUUUACUGAUAAAAGACUGAUAUCUGUAUUAUGUGCACGAUUUGUGAGCGCACAAACCGCUUUAAUUGUUAUAAGUAGAAUUCGCGAAAGAAACUUUUUUGCUCUCUAUGAAUCGGACAGGAACUUACUUUUAUUCAAGAGUGGGAAUUUAUUUCAACUUAGUUUGGUUCUCCCUUUUUUGGACUUUGAAUUUGUAAUUUUGAACUCUCGCUCGAUCGAAGUGCCUCUAGGGAACUGCAUAGAUUACGUAAAGUUUUUUUUUUUUUUUUACUCUAAACCUCCUCUAUUAGGGUCCGUGAACCCUCCUUUCGCUUAUCAUACGUUAUGUUUGAUGAAUACAUUUAUUUCAUUCAUUUAUUUAGGGCGAUACAAGAUUAACCUAAGAUGAUUUGGAUGGAAGAUUUUUAUUUUAAAUCAAAAACAGUUCAAUUGAACCAAAAAGAGUGAUUUUUUAACCAAAUAAUUGAAUUUUUAUCCAAAAAAGAUUUACUCUCAA